GUUACAAUAGUUCGGGAAAGCCCGACGAUGACGGCCCUAUAAGGAUUCCCUGACCGAGCGCCAAUGGAGCAAAUUCAAAAGCUUCAACUUCGCCCCCACUCCCCCAUCUGUGCAUGACCCACCGUCUGUCAUCGUCUCAGCAGCUGUCGUCGACGCUCUCUGCGACCGUAAGGAGAACAUCACUGCUCUCUCUGUCUCAGUCGCUUCUCGGCCCUGAUUUGUUCACAUCCGAUGAGAAUGGGCUGUGGCAAUUCCGACUGAUUCGCUUCACCCGUCUUCUAUAGUUGCCCAAAUUCCCGUCGCCGGAAGGAAAUGCCGUUCGGAUCGGAAAAUGGACCGGGAGACUGACCUUCCGGUACCGCCCGCCCCUGUGGCCGCUAGGAAUCCCAUCCGCGGCCCAAUUACCAACCUGGAAACCACAUCUUCUUCUUCUUCUUCCUCCUCCUCCUCCGCCGAGCCGUCCCUUUUCCGGCAUGUUCAAGCUGCUUUCAAGCGCCACCGCUCCCUUGGUAUAAUGCAGGCAGAUGGUAUCAGGCCCCGACGCAUGCCCCAACGACAGGCAAUUAGAAAUUCAGCUGCCAAUGUGAUGCCCACGAUCAACACUGACUCGCAUGAUGUCACUUCACUGAGUCAGGAUCAAACUGCAAUGAAGAACCCAGAUGCGAGUGUUCGAGAUAUGCAGGAAGAUUUAUCAGUUACACCUCCUUCCAUUUCAGAAACCAUAUCUAAACCUUAUGAUCAUAAUUUCAAGUCACUCGAGGCACAGAGAGAACAGCCAAAACGUGCAGUUCAUUUUAAGGACUAUUGCUCGAUGCCCCUGUCAGCACCUCAUGUGGAGCCUAAACAUGAUGUUACGAAAAGAAGCGAACAAUUCGGUGUAACUAAGACCGGUACUACCCAGGAAAUGGAGUGGGAUGUAUGCAAUCGAGUUGAAGUAUUAAAUGUUAUCCAUGAUGAACCCAAGCAUCUCAACUUUCAGAACCUGGAUUAUGAUGCCAGUGGCAAGUCUGAUGCUGCCUUCUCGUUUUCGUCAAACGGAGCAAUUGCUAUCAAGGAUCAAUUGCCUCAAUGGAGAAACUUUUUAAGUCAACCGGCCACUCAAUCUUCAGUUGUAGGUACAACAUGUGCCACCACAACAUCUGUGCAUUCUACUUCAGCACCAAUGCUAAAUUCCACAACCUACAGUUCACAGCCACUUCUCGAUUGUGGUUCUCAUGCGGCAAUUGAACCCCCGAGAGAAGGUCAUAUGAGUUCUCAGCGUGCAGCUGAAGGAAAUUUGGAGGAUUCUUCAAAUUCCUUGGUGAAGGGCACAAGUAGGAUGUUAAUUGACAAUGCAGCCAUUUCUAUCCAAUCUUCUAGCUGUGUCAUGGACACAAAAGUUGAGGAACAUCAGCGGCUUCGUGAUCAACAGAAGGCCCAAAAGGAAAGUGGGGUUCUGGGUAAUCCUUUUCAUGUUGAUGAAAAGGGGAAUAAGGAGGGACAACCAUCUGGUUCUGUUGCUAAUGUGAACUUUGAGAGCCAGGUUUCUAUGAAUCCUUCAUUAGAUGUAAAGUUGGAGAAAAAUGGAAAUCAAGAAAAGGUUACUAGCCGCAGUGGCACAUCAGGUCCUCGUAAGAGAAACAGUGACCCUGAUGCAUUCUUUGUAGUUAAUGGUACACGCUAUCAGAAACUUGGUAAGAUUGGUAGUGGUGGAAGCAGUGAGGUUCACAAAGUAAUUUCUGCUGAUUGUACAAUCUAUGCACUCAAGAAAAUCAAACUGAGAGGACGUGAUUAUGCAACAGCAUACGGGUUUUGUCAGGAAAUUGAGUAUCUAAACAGACUGAAGGGAAAGAACAACAUCAUACAGCUGAUAAACUAUGAGGUGACAGAUAAGAAAUUGCUACAAGAUGUAAUCAAUGGCUCCAUCAGUAACAAGGAUGGCAAAGUCAAGGAUGAUGCAUGUAUAUAUAUGGUUCUUGAGUAUGGGGAAAUUGAUUUGGCUCACAUGCUGUCCCAGAAGUGGAAGGAAAUGGAUGAUUCGAGUCAGACUAUAGAUCAUAAUUGGCUUAGAUUUUACUGGCAGCAAAUACUUCUUGCUGUGAAGACCAUCCAUGACGAGCGCAUAGUGCAUUCUGACCUGAAGCCAGCCAAUUUCCUUCUUGUUAAAGGUUCUCUAAAGUUGAUUGAUUUUGGCAUUGCCAAAGCAAUCAUGAGUGAUACAACCAACAUCGUGAGGGACUCACAGGUAGGUACUCUUAGCUACAUGUCCCCCGAGGCAUUCUUGUGCAACGAGUUAGACGCGAAUGGAAACGUCAUAAAAUGCGGCCGAUCAUCAGACAUUUGGUCCCUCGGCUGCAUACUGUACCAAAUGGUAUACGGGAGAACGCCCUUUUCCCAGUACAAAGCCUUCUGGUCGAAAUUGAAAGUCAUAACUGACCCGAAUCAUGAGAUAACUUAUGAACCCGUCUCCAAUCCUUGGCUACUUGACCUCAUGAAGAAGUGUCUCACUUGGGAUCAACACAAAAGGUGGAGGAUCCCUCAGCUACUAAAACACCCCUUCCUCGCUCCCCCAGCUGCUGCUCCUGCUCCACAGCCUUCAUUGUCUGAGCAACAGGGCUUUAAGCUGCUUCAACUUGUUGCUGAAGCCUGCUCUGGCGACCACGAGGCCGCUACGUUCUGCAGCGAACUCCAACAGUUGCUGAGUGCUCCAGUGGCUCCUGAGUUGUUGACAUCACGGGCUCAACAGCGUAGCGUGCUUGGUAACAUGACCAGGCUUUGCGGCAAGAUUGAGGAAUGCUUGAUGAAACUGGAGAAAGACUAGAGGUGUGUUUAUAGAGCUUUUUGUUGUCCUGUUUGUAUAUGGAAGUGAAAAGGCAAAAUGUAUUGAUGUUCUACUUCUACCAUCAGUCUAUCUAUCUUCUCCGUUCGCUUAUAAUUUUUGUUUACGUAUAUGACUACGUCUAUGAGGCUUGUGUUUUCUGGUUCCCUUUUUUUUGCCUCAUGUUAUUGAAUCCACUAGCAUUAGGUGCACAAAUAUGAGCUCUCAAAAUAGCCGAUGUCUCUUCGAUUUUGCUAGAUAGCCACAACUAACCAAGUGGAUGUUCCAUUCACGAUGAACGAAUGAAAUCAAGUGAGACUC